AUGGGGGUUCUUUUCUCGAAGCUGUGGGAAAGAUUGUUCUCAAGUGGAAGCUACAAGAUCAUCAUCAUUGGAUUGGACAAUGCUGGCAAGACGACAACGUUGUAUCGAUUAAAUCUUGGAGAUGUUGUUGUGACUCAGCCAACAAUCGGGAGCAACGUGGAAGAAGUUGUUCAUAACAAUAUUCGGUUCGAAUGCUGGGAUCUUGGUGGCCAGGAAUCAUUGCGGCCAUCAUGGGGCUCGUAUUAUGUCAACGCGCAUGCAAUCAUUCUUGUCGUGGACAGCACAGACAGAGACAGGAUCUCCUCUGUGCGGGAUGAAUUGAGGAAUUUGUUAACGCACGAAGAUCUCAAGAAGGCAGUCAUCUUAAUUCUUGCAAACAAGCAGGAUCUGAGGGAUGCGAUGACGGCGGUGGAGAUCUCUGAUAGUCUACUCUUGCACAGCAUCAGAUCGCACGAAUGGCACAUCCAAGCAGCGUGCGCUCUGACAGGUGAAGGGCAUCGUGAAGGAUUGGACUGGAUCGCUUCGAAACUGAAAUGA